AAGAGCAGGGGCUGCUCCGCUCAGGGAGAGUGGGAACAGCCGCAGAGCAUCUGAGACUCUGGACAAACCGCAUGGGUUCUGGCACCUUUCAGGCACCCAGCGAUAGGAGGGCACGUGCUGCGUUUCAGGCAUCCCUUGGAUCUGGGAAACUGACUCUCUCCACAGGCUGAAGGACACCUCGCAGCUGGGCAAACAUGGACACAGAUUCUGAGUGGCCCCUGAACAGGAGAGGUCCUCCUCCAGCACGCAAACCCCCAACCGUGACACAAAACUUCAAGCGAUUUGGCAUCCCACUCAUUGCCACCAUCCUGAGCAUGGCCACCAUCAUUGCAAUUGCCUUCCUAAUCAAGGCAACUCUGGAACACUACUACUUCCUCUGCAGCAAGACAAUCAAGUUCAUCCCCCUGCAGCAGCAGUGUAAUGGGCAGGAAGAUUGCUCCUGGGGAGAGGACGAGGAGAAGUGUGUGCAGCAGGUCCCAGAAGGCCCACCCGUGGGAGUUCGCAUUGCCAAAGACAGAUCCACCUUGCAGGUGCUAAACAAAGAGACUGGAGCCUGGUUCUGGGCAUGUCACGAUAACUUUCAUAUGGCCCUGGCAAAAGCAGCUUGCAAGCAAAUGGGCUACAGCAGCGUCCCCACGUUCAGCGCUGUGGACCUUGCAGACACACAGGGCCUGCCCCUCAGGGAGGUCACGGUGAACAAUGGGGUCCUCCGAGGGCAAGACUCUGGCAGGCAGUGCCUCUCUGGAUCCAUCGUUUCACUCGCAUGUGGCACCUGCGGAGAAAGCGUGAAGUCUCCACGUGUGGUUGGUGGGGGCCAGGCCAGGAUCCACGCUUGGCCAUGGCAGGUCAGUUUACAGCACAAAACCCAGCACCUCUGUGGGGGCAGCAUCAUUGACCCGAGGUGGAUUCUCACAGCAGCACAUUGCUUCAGGUGA